AUAUCUGCCGAUCCAGGAAGACACGAUGUGACGAAGACCGACCAAAAUGUGGCUAUUGCCGGACCAUGAAUCUGGAGUGCACUUAUCAAGUACCUCGGGCUACCAAAAAGGACCAGUCGAUGACUGUGGCGAUCAAUGCUAUCCGUCGUCUCGAAGCCAAGAUUGAAGAUCUGACGGCGGUGGUGAGUGCUUCGAAGAGCGCACCUGCAGCGCCUACCCCAACCCCUGCACCGGCCCUGGACCAUCGUUCGCCAAUCUCAGCUUUCUCACAACCAAGUCCAAGGAAUGAUGCUCAAGGACCGCUUGUGCCGCGUCAUGAUCGAUUGAGUGUUCAUGAGCUUGCCAUGUCACCGCAAGCUGCGGCGACACCAGGCAAGAGUCCGUUCGCCCUACCUGAGAUGCAGAGCAAGGUACCACUUUCAUUCAGUCAGCAUCGAGUCGCUAUAUGGCCUGCAGUCAAACAGGUCUUGCCCUCAGAGUUUGUUGCAGCAUGUGCAGAGUUACCUCAGGAUUACGUCGCCCAGAUCGAGAGCCACCGGGCGCCAUUGCCAGUACACAUUGAUCCACCGAUGGGUGCACACCCGGACUCGUGGUUGAUGGACCUACCACAAUCUGUUGUAAAGAGUAUCGCCAAUGCUUACUUCGCUGUCUUCCAUCGCAACUCACCAGUUCUUGACAAAUUCCACUUCUACUCGAGUACACUGGGCUCAGCGGUCCAGACCGAAUUUGGUUUCGACAUCGAAUCAUGCUUGGUACUGUCAGUACUCGCCCUAGGCUGCCUCGCCGUGAAGGCACAUGAGGAGGGAGACUUUGCCUUACCAUCGCGCUUUGGUUUACACGAAGGUGGCUUCGUUCGUCCAGACUGGUAUGAGCUCAUUUUGGACGAUCAACCGGGACUGAAGUUCUUCAACGAAGCUCGAAAGCGAUUCGGUUUCCUUAUGACUCAGAACGGGCUACAGGCAGGCCAAUACUACAUGUUAUCGACGCUUUACUAUGCGCAGACCUUACGACCGAUGGACUCUUGGACGACUGUAAACAGAGCAGCGCUGUGCUGUACAAGCAUCCUGACGCGUUCGGAAAUUGUUGACUUUGAUGAGUGGGAAGGCGACAUGUUCUCUCGGCUUUUCUGGAACACGCUGAUGUACGAGACCGUCAUUACACAGGAGUUGGAUACUCUACCUCACAGCGGACUCCUCGAGUUCGAGCCUGACAUACCGCUGCCGAAGUUCACACCCUGCCCCCGACCGAAGACCUCCAUCUCUGGACUCAUCACAGACGAAGAUGAGUCGUUGUUCAACUUCCAUUUUCUUGCUCAGGCUGCACAUAGAAUCAUUCUUACCCGAGUCAAGCAGAACAUAUACUACUAUGCUGCGAAAGAAGCCUUCCCAAACGCCGGCAUCACCGCGGAGAUGCACCAUCAGCUCGAGCAAUGGCGCGCAAAUCUGCCGCCAACACUGCAAUUCGCAGACAGCGAGAGCGCUGACGACUCACCCAGUCCUGCGCAUGUCAUUGCGAAAGCUAUGUUGCGCAGUCGCUAUCUUGUCGCAAAGUUCCACAUUGGCCGGCCUUUCCUUUACAAGGCGCUGCAUGUGCCGGAGUUCACCAAUGAUGCGGAGUAUCGGGAGGUACGAGAGGGUCUUCGAGGUGGUAUGUACUGGCCGACAACCAUGGGUCUUUGCACCCAGAUGCUGUCAGCCUUGCCGAUCAAGUUUGGGUGGUGCUGUCAGUGCUUCGGGCAGGUGCUGCUAUUUCACGCUGUCGCGCGAUCAUCAGACGCAAAGCUGAGGGAAACGUUACCAGAAGGCUGGCAGGAGUGGUUGCAGAUCAUGAUGGUGCUCAUCGAAAAGUGUGCCAGGGAAAGCCCGGGUAUUGCGAAGGAUUUCGAGUUGCUCAGCUUAUUGUAAGGAUCGCUCGGUAGCCGAGAUACCGCACCCCACAGACAAUUUGAUGAGGGUGGUGAUGUGAACUGUCGAUUGGUGUGCUAUCGAAGGGCGAAUGUCUACAGUGCGAGGGCACGGAGCUGGCCGAUGAGCGCGCCUGCGGCACGGACACAAUCCGACAGCAUACCCCUGAAAACUUUCGAUAUGGUCUUUUCCCAUGCUGACAUCACAGGUUUUCGCAUUUGCGAAGAGAAACUCCCUGGCUACCUCCGUAGCCAAGUUCUAGACCGGCUUGUGUUGAGGGGGCGAUAAGGUAUCGCAAAUACCACUGUGGCAGACCGCAUGCAGCGUCAUUGUCGCAAGGACGUGGGAUUGCAGUCAACAAGGAAAGCAGCGCGUUCUUAGAGCGCGUUCCUGAGUGAAACAGACCCUUCGCAGCGUGUUGCGGUGCGACAAGACC